GAGGAAGGAAUAAACUAAGGAGAGGCAGUUACGUCACAUUUCUUGAAGCCGGAAGUAGGGAAGGGUAGAGGAGGCUCCUUCUCGCAAGGUUGGGCACGCUGACUCGCUGACGCAUGCGUCGUUAGCGGCUAGCAGACUAUCACGUCGCGCCUGUAGAGCGUCGGGGCGCCGUCAGCUGACAGACGAGCCGGAGAACGAAGCAUGUGAUUGUAUCGAAGGAAGAACAAAGGAGCGGCAGUGCCUUCUUGCAGUGUGCCCGGGUGCCGCUCGCGCGGGAUAAGAAAGGAACCGGGCGUCACCUUCCACGCACACCCCUUUCACAGCAGCGAGGAGGUGGUGCAGGUACUGCUGCGACUGCUCAGCAGGAUACCCAGCCAGAAAUGACAGCCCUGAGUAGCCCUCCUGGAGCCUCUCCGCAGCAACAGGAACCUAUGGAUUUAAGUGAAAUCCCAGAGACCCUGCCAGGCCUAUCACAACAGGAACCUGUGGAUGUCGCUGACAGCCAGGGGUCUGUGCCAGGUCCAUCACGACAGGAACCUGUGGAUGUCGCUGACAGCGAGGAGUCUCUGCCGAGCCUAUCACAACAGGAACCUGUGGAUGUCGCUGACAGCGAGGAGUCUCUGCCGAGCCUAUCACAACAGGAGCCUAUGGAUGUUGCUGACAGCCAGGAGACUCUGCCAGACCCAUCACAACAGGAACUUCCCACUUUGCCAUCCACCUCUGCCUUUGUUGAGACACCAAGGAGAAGGAGACGACCAAUGGUAACCUGCUCUGCCAAGCGUGCCUAUUUUGCAAGCACAAUUCAACACCAUGAAUGUCAUAGCCCUGUGUAUAUGCUCAUGUACUAUCUUCGUCAAAUGAAACCCGAACAGCGGCAAGCCUUUGCAACGGUAUAGUGCGCGCCGUCCAGUCAUCACCAUUCAAAUGUACGCGCAUCCGGUUUGGC